ACUUUUUCAGAUGCCUAAACUCAAAAUAGGAUGGAUAAUUGGGGAAGUAACUAACAGGCCCACCUGUAAUACCCAUCUCAGACCAAAACUCUAUAAAUUAACCCAUCUAAACACAGAAAGAAGAAGAAGAAGAGAAGAAGAAGAAGAAAUGGAACGGCGUGAGCAGCAUAAGAAGUCAAGAGUUGUCAAAGUACAAUCAGAGGAAUCAUGGGAUUUCCUUACCACUCAAGCUAACAAUCAGGGCUGUCCUGUGUUAGCACAUUUUACUGCUGUCUGGUGCAUGCCCUCGGUGGCCAUGAACCAUUUCUUUGAAGAACUGGCCUUGCGCUACCAAGAUAUUCUGUUUCUGGCGGUGGAUGUGGAUGAGGUUAAGGGUGUAGCAUCCAAGAUGGAGAUAAAGGCCAUGCCCACUUUUUUGUUGCUGAGGGAAGGAGCCAUGGUGGAUAGGCUUGUUGGGGCUAAUCCUGAUGAGAUGAGGAAAAGAAUUAGUGGCUUUCUUAAAUCAAUUCGCUCCCAUAAAUCAACACAAGCAUAGUUCAAAUGUUUGCGUGUGUAUGUGUGUUUAUUUGUAUGUGUGUGUUUGUUGAAAAGGCUAAUAUGAUGUAUUAGCUCAAUAAGAGUUGGAGGAGAACAAAAAUCAUGUUGGGACUUGAUUGUAGCGUUAUUUCAUUCUUAUAUAUGUUGAGUGAUUGAUUCUUAAUAUUGGAAGAAGUUUUAGUUUCUCAA